GCAGAAGUUACAAAGUAACGUAUCUCGAAACAUUCAAAGAUGCUGCUCCUGACAUUCUCUCUUCUCUGCAUCUUUAUUUGUUUCUACUGCAUCUACGAUUGCAUGAAGCCGAGAAAUUAUCCACCCGGACCAACGUGGAUACCGUUACUCGGAUGUUUGCUGAAGUUCUUACGGCUACGCUCGAAAUACGGAUACAUUUAUAUGGCUCUGCAAGAUCUGAAGCGUACGUAUGGGCCGAUAUUAGGAUUAAAGCUCGGAACUCAAAAGGUGGUGGUGAUUUCGACGUACGAUCUGGUGAAGAAUGCUCUUCUUCAAGAUGAAUUCAAUAACCGGCCGGACGGAUUUUUCUUCAGGGUACGAUCGUUCGGGAAAAGAAAGGCGACAUUUGUUAUUCAAGGCGUUCUAUUCACCGAGGGUACCACGUGGUCGCAGACUCGUAAAUUUACAAUGCGGCAUCUGCGAACGUUUGGCAUAGGUCAGUCCAUUAUGAAAGAACAAUUGACCCUGGAGGCUCGGAAUCUCGUUGAUCAUCUACAACUGAUAAGCGAGCGUGGCGCGGUGAUGAUGCACAGGGUCUUCGAUGUCGCGGUGCUCAACUCGCUGUGGUUCAUGAUCGCCGGGCACAGAUACGAGUACGAGGACCAAAAGCUGCAAGAAACGCUCGAAACGGUUCACGAUGCCUUUAGAUUAAUGGACAACCUGGGUGGAGUGAUUUCGCAAGUGCCUUUUUUACGUUUCGUGAUCCCGGAUUUGUUAGGCUACAAUGAACUAAUGAGGAUUCUCAACAAUCUGUGGCGCUUCCUCGACGAGGAGAUCAAGAUACACGAGAGAGAGUUAUCCGAUCAGCCACGUGAUUUGAUUGACGCGUUUCUUUUGGAGAUUCGUAAAAAUGAUAAAAAUGAAAAUACGAUUUUUGACCGUGAGAAUUUAUUGAUACUGUGUCUUGAUCUCUUCCUGGCCGGGUCGAAGACGACCACUGACACCUUAGCGACUACGUUUCUCUUCCUAUCGCUGAAUCCGAAAUGGUUGAGGAUACUUCAGACCGAGUUGGACGGUGUCGUUGGUAGGUCACGAGCUCCAACCGAGGAUGAUUUACCAUCCUUGCCACUAACGGAAGCUUUCUUGGCCGAGGUACAAAGAUAUUUAAUUUUGACUCCACUCGGCGUACCUCAUACAACCGCGAAGGACGUUUCUUUAAACGGCUAUCAAAUUCCCAAGGACACGAUUAUUCUGUUCGACUAUCAUAGUGUUCACAAUGACGAGGUUUACUGGGAAAAACCGAACGAGUUCCGACCGCAACGAUUUCUCGACGAGCAGGGUCGAUUCUGCCGGAAUAACUACAGCUUGCCUUUCGGUUUAGGCAAGAGACGCUGUCUGGGCGAGCAGCUGGCGCGCUCCACGUUGUUCCUGUUUUUCACCUACGUCGUGCAUUACUUCGACAUGGAGAUCUCGACCGAGCACGGCAAGCCGGACCUGAACGGCUACGACGGUUUCACCCUGUCGCCGAAACCAUAUCACCUCAAGCUCACGAGGAGAUCCAGCCGCGGGGACGAUCAUCGCCACGUGACCCGCGCGAGCACAUGACUACGGAGUACAUUUGGACUUCUGCGAAGGGGCACGAUUUCGUCGAACUCGUAAAACGUGCGCGUAAAAGCAAGACUUUCACGGCGUAGAACCAAUAAACGCCAUUCGCAAACGCCGCCGGGUUCGCGCCGUCCGCCACCAUGUACGGGAUCGGUUAACGGAAACACAGAUCUUUUUGUCAAACAGCGCGCUCGCGCUACGCGUAACACGUGACACACGUAACGCGCAUAACGUAUAACACAUUAUGCAUAAUACGAAGCAGGCCGAUUACAAGUGACCGCGUGCGGCGCAUUUAACUUGAACGCGAUAACACGUAAUCCAUCAUUUAGAGAUACGCGUAAGAUUUAAGACUUCAGAACGAAAGUAUUUCCUUGGGCGGGAGUUAUUAUGUUGUCUUCUUUGUCACGUUAUUUUUCAAAUCAAUAACUUAAAAGAGAUGUUUUUGAUCUUUUCGUUAAUUAAAGUAAAGAGAAUCACGUUUUAACAAACCAUUGUGUUUCGCUUAUUUCUUCUGCUUACGUCCUCUCGCUUACGCGAGCUCUCGAAUCGUGUAUACAGAAGUACGGCUUCUGAAAAGCAAACGUACUUUAUUCGCAACACGUGGCAUUACAGAAACGUUUCAUGACAAAUCUAACGACGCGCAAGAAUACGUGAUUUCGAUUACUUCUCCGCGCGGUUUGAAAUGCUAGACGCGAGUAUGAAAGGUAGAUGACAGCUUCAAUAAACGAACGUAAGUUAAUAGAAAUGUGCCGCGCGCAUUUCUAGCAAUUUGCUAGCUCUCACGCGAUCUAAUACGUGAAAGAUGCAUCGUGUGUUUCACUUGGAGUUAUGGAUGUAGGUACAUGUCGAUAUUUCUAUCUCAUUCGAACAUGGUCGGCUUGGCUUAUUGUCUUCUUUCAGCGUGUAGGAAGGCGGUAGCUUGAAAAAAAUGGGCUUGUAAUAAAAUUAUACUAAAAUGUUCUUGUGGUGAAAUAACAUAUAACAUAUUUAAUAUGUCAUCUACAAUAUUUAAAUCGCUAGUAGAAGCUUGUAUUUACAAUAAAGUGACAUUAUCUUGCUAAA